AUGGUUCCAGUGAGACAGGCAUCUGCAGAAAAUGGAUCGACAGAAUCCAAGAUCGUUGAAAAAAUACUCACUUUAGAUGGUGGUGGCCUUCAAGCGCUGGUCACUUUGAGCAGUAUCAACGCUGUUUGCAGAGCAGUGGCAAAGCAAAAUGGGGCCGCCCGGCCACCAGCACCUCGUGAAUUAUUCGACAUGAUUGGGGGUGUGGGCAUUGGCGGGUGGAUUGCGCUUCUGCUUGGGCGAUAUCAACUCGAUAUAGCCGCCUGUAUGGCUAUGUACAUGGAGAUCGCGAGGAAGGUGGAUGUUGAAACGAACAACCCCAACGCGCAAAGGAUGAGCCGAUCUUUCAGACUUGAUCAGGAUCGACUUACCACAGUUGUUGAAGAGACUCUUGAGCGAUACGACUUGAAUCCAGUGUUGAUGCGUCAAGGAGAAGGGGCGAAGAGACAAAGGAACGGUACGAGCCGCUGCCAAUAUGCAUUUGCGGCCGGCGUCGUACAGCGACAAAACAAACAACAGGAGAAAUACCAGCUGUUCAGGUCAUAUAACAUUGAAGAGUACAGCAGAAACACCAGCCUUCCCGGUCCAAAUCCUGAGAACUACCGCAUGCCAGAAGUAUUUGCCGCAACGGGAGCGGUGAAAUUUUUCUUAAGACCGUAUCAGAUUAAGAAUACGAUCUUCUUUGACGAGAUCUUUCCCCAAUCGCAUCCUAUCACAUCCAUUGCACUGGAGGAAGCAUUCGGCCUCUACGGCCAGAAUGUGGACAUCUCUGUCCUUCUGAACAUUGGGCCAGGGAUUCCUUCUCAGAGGGACUGCGAAGAACUCGACCUCAUGUGUGUUGGGCCCAUGAUACGACUCACUAGGAAGUUUUCAUGGCCCAAAGGGAGACACUUUUCCAUCAAACAGAGGUUGUUAGGCCAGUCCGAAAGUCAAGAUGAGGAGACAUCGAAGCUCACGAGUCCUAGUGAGAUUGCCCUCAAGCUAAACGAACAAAGACGGCUGGAUAUUUGUGCACGACUAAGGGAACUGUAUGGUGAUUCAGGAUCGGAGAGGUAUCAUCAUCUCGGACCAGAUUAUUCGAUGGAAGGGGCUUCGCUGAACGACGUUCACGCCAUCAAUCUCCUGGGCAUAGAUCGAAUGAGUGGUGUCAGGAGAGCAUCGCUGAGCUAG